UCUAGCCGAGUGAUCGCGCUUUCACAGAACGAUCUGUUUAUUCGUUAAGAACGGCCAAUUAUUUUAUAGAACGAGGAAAGUGCUUAAAGACAUUUGAAUUACUACGAUACAGUACCGUGUAUGCAGUUAAUAAAGGAGAUAUUUAGCAAAUUCUGGAUUACGUUUUGGCGGAGAGAAAUUACUUCUGGCUAGUCAUCAUCCCAUUUCCUGGCAUCGAUGGAAGACUAAGUCAGUUAUAUCACUGCACGCAUACACGCAUUUCCUGGACCCGAGGUGACAUUCCAGAUACCAGGAAAAGGCUGGGCACGCGAACAAGGGCACCUGCGACCGCCAAUUAGCUUAACUUGAAGUCGAAGGGAAUCGUGACUGGCAAAGAUUGGACUGCUCCGGAGACGCCAGUAUCGUAGUUUGUUUUGAACGAAAAUGUUCUGAAAACGAAAUGUCAAAAUGUUGACGGUUGGAUAAAGGCAAGUGUUCAAGUCUAUUUCAUAAAUGGAAAACAAAAGUAGAGGAUAAGUGAACGGUGCUUAGCUUUAAAUAACCUCAGAGGUUGUCGAUAAGAUAAGUCCACCACUUACAGGACGAUAUUUGAUAAUGAUUACAAGAAAAGGAGAUGUAGUUCAGCCCCGGUCGAGCCAACAGUAUGAGGAGACAUUCGGGCGGGCAUGAGCCGACCGCGUCCCUCAAGUUUCUACCUGCGCACUACCUCUUCCGGAUACUCAUAUCCGCUCUUCUUCUCACAUUUGGACACAGGCUUGUGUUGGGAUCGAAGCACAAGACAGUUCCGUCCAGGCUGCCCUCAUUCCGGGAGACGCAGUCCGACUACAGCUUCUCCGAAGGGGACUUGGCCGUCCUCUACUGCUCCGUGCACAACCUAGGAGCGAGAACGGUGUCGUGGCGAAAGGCGAGCGCUCCUUCUCCGCUGAUAGUGGGGAAAAUGGUAUUUACGGCGGACAACCGUUUCCAAGUGGCGCAUGUCCCUGACCGAGAGGAGUGGAACCUGCUGAUCAAGAACGUCAACCACGAUGACGCGGGCCUGUAUGAGUGCCAGGUCAGCUCUAAGGAAAAAUACAUACGCCGAAUUGUACGGGUAAUUGUGAAAGAUCGACCAUAUGCAGAUAGAGCAAUUGUUAUUAAUGGACCACAUACUGUUAAAAGAGGUGAAAGCCUUCUGUUGUCAUGCAACGCCACGGGUGGAAAGUCUGCACCAAGUGAUCUUGACUGGAUGAAGGACGAUAAAAAACUAACAGCUGACAAAAGUGGUCGAAUCAAUAUAACCAAGCACAUAUCGUAUGUAACAAACACUAUAGUGAGUAAUUUGACGAUAAAGAAAGUGGUAGAAUCAGACGAGGGAGUUUACGUUUGCCGAACCUCAGACGAAAUGGUGAAAAAUGUUUCCAUUGAAGUGACUGGUGAAGGGUCCGAAAAUGUUAAAAGGACAAUUUCACAGGACGCACCUGCAACCUCGUGUGCUACGUCAUCAACUUUUGUGCUCUACAUGUUCGUCUUUGUGGUGCAUUGCUCAUUGCGAUAUUCACAACUCGUGCAUUUGGUACUAUUUUUCUGUGGUUACCUUUGGCGAUCACAGGAGUUUCCCAUCUCAUGACAGUUAUUUAUAGAAAGACGAAACUAGCGACGCCGGAUGUCAGCAUUUUAUGUUGUAUUUCAUUUACUAUAUUUUUAUCAAUUAGUUCGUGGUCAGUGUCUAACAACUUGUGCGUGUAGCAAAAAAAUCAAAUAUUAAAAUAAUUGUGUAUACAUUUCUUCGUGAAUUCUAUUUGAAAUUAAUAAGAAUGAAAUGAUACCAAAAUAACAUUUUAAUGUUUAACUGAUUAAGUAUAUCUACUUAAAAAAAUAUGAAGGCAUUUUCUCUUAUUUAAGAGAUAUAAAAUUAUCAAAUAAGCAAAAUUUCAACGUUCAAUUAAAAACAUUAACUUAAAAAAAGCCGGGCGGCAAGAAUAACUCUUUCACGUUUCCUUACGGAUACGACUGUAAUACAGGCAUCAGAUCAGAUUUAGUGGUUCUUCCUUUUAUCAUUCAAUAUUGUUUUCAUACAUUGUAAAACGAUAGACUGAAAUAAGAUUGUUUAUUUUAGUAUUCAUAUUUCAAACCCAUUUUAACAAAUAAUUUCAUGAUGUACAUGUAUAUCAGAAUUUUGCAAAACAUUUCAUUUCAAUAAAAUACCUCGACGAACGAUGGAAAUGUGUGUAUAUUGUUUGCUGACAUUGAUGUUAAGUUGUGCAGCGGUUAUAAGUUUUGUAUGUACAUAUUUGUACUGAUAUAUAAAGAUAUAUGUGUAAAGUUUUCUUUUUUUGAUAUGUUUUGGAGAAAUGAUGUUGUUCUGUUCACAACUUGUAUUUACCACUCGUUAUAAAAUGCUAAUAAAUACAUGUAC